AUGUCCUCACCCACAAAGAAUGCUCAGACUGCCCUGAAGCAUUUGUUGAAGUAUUUGCUGGAUGGACAGCACCAUGGGCUACUGUUGUGCCGUGAUAACGUCCACUGUGGCCGUUCAGGCGAGCUCUCUCCCUCGACCUCGCGAGCCAUGUGCAUCGAGUCUUACUCCGAUGCCGACUGGGCAACGCACAAAGGCAACCGCCGAUCUGUGAGUUCGAGCACGGUUUUCGUUUCGGGUUGCUUGCUGUAUAGCAGUGCUAGGACCCAAAGGGUGAUUGCUCUCAGCAGUGGUGAAUCUGAAUUGUUGUCAGCCACCUCGUCCUUGUGCGACGCUUUGUUCAUCAGGCAACUAGUUGCCUUCCUCGGCGACUGCGACCCUCCACAGGUGCAUCACUUCACAGAUGCCACUGCAGCUAAGUCCAUGAUGGAGCGCAGUGGAGUGGGCAGAGUGCGCCACCUUUCGGUGCGCGUACUGUGGACCCAGCAGCUUGUGGCCGACAAGGUCAUAGCACUGCAUAAGGUUGACACCUGCAGAAACGUGGCAGACCUCAACACUAAGGCUUUGCCAAGGCACAGGAUGAUGAUGCUGCUCAACCUUCUCGGCGGUUGGGACACCCUGCGUGACGAGCCCAUCGGGUUGAACGACAUUGCCGAGUUUGAGUACAAGCAGGCCAUGAAGCAGGCCGUUCGUGCCGUUCGAACCACGACCUCAGGUGUGUCGAUCAUCGACAUGCUUGCCCCGCAUGCUGCAACCAUCCUUUGCAUGUGCAUUUUGAUUCUGUUUGUGGCAAUGUGCUUUCGCGUUUGGUGUGCAGGGUCCACUCCCAGGCAGGUGCAGGUACAGGUGUCAGACCAGCGGCAGCAUGGUGCCGUUUCUGUGAAGUUUGACCAGAACCUCAAUGUGCACGUUGGUGUUGCCGCGCCAGGAACGCCAGCCAAUCCUUUGGCUGUGGACUCAGAUGACAAUACCGUCCGCGUUGCGAUGAGCCAGCGUCUUCCAGUGACGCCCCCGCAAGAUUUGUGCCACCUUCUCCAGAACCUUUUGUGCGAGCGCCAAGCGCAGCGCCGCCUACGCCAGAGGGUUCAGUUGGUUCGACGGGAUCGUUCAGGGAGGCGCAUGGUUACCAGGUUGCAGUUGCCCGCAGGUUGGAGCAUCCCCGGGAUACAGUGUGGGUCAGCACGUAUGGCCGGUGCUACCAUCGACUGCGAUGCUUCAAGCUUGAUGGGUGUGAUCGCAUCAAGCGAGUUCCUCUUGCAGAUGCCGUUGCACGAGGCUACAGACCAUGCAAGAAGUGUGCACCUUGAAAA